AUGGAUAACCUACGGGAGGCUGCAAGCAUAGUCAGAAGUGUGGAUAUUGAAGGGUUCUGUGAUCUUUGCAACAUGGAUCUUGAGCUCAUAUCCCCUGAUGUUAUGGAGGCUCUUAAGACAAACAAGUUAAUCAAGAAGCUCGACCUGUCAAGCAAUAAAUUGAAAGAGCUACCCUCUGAUAUUGGAGCCCUGAACUGGCUUGUGGAACUUGAUCUCUCCAACAAUGAAAUAGGAAAGAUCCCCGAAGAGAUGAAUGAUAUGAAGAGCUUGGAAGUGCUUAACUUGUCAAACAACAAGCUAACAUCAUUUCCAUGGAAGGUUUUGAGGCUUGGUAGGACCGGGACAUUGAAAAGUUUGGAUCUCAGAGGGAAUCCUCUAUACAGGAUAUAUCAUACUGCUUUCGGAAGGUUUUUCUUAAGGCUAUUCUACGGCGAUAUUGUCAAAACAGGAUACGAUGUUGAGGAGACAACCAAGUGUUCUGAUUAA